GGCAUGUUUGCCGCUUGUGUGGAAACCGCAGGGCGAUCAUACCACUGAAACCUCCACUCCAGCUCCAAUGGCGCCGCCAGGCACCACCCUGUCGCGCGAGUCCGACACCGAUGUCCAAGUCACGCGCAUAUCGACGGAGUUCCAGCUGAAGCAGUCCCUCCUGCUGCUGGCCACCCUGGUGGCGACGGUGACCUACGCGGCGGGGCUGAACCUGCCGGGGGGAGCGUGGCCGGAGGACACGCCGGGCGGCGCGCUCGCUGGCGACCCCAUCCUCCGGGAGACCCACUACCACCGCUACAUCGCCUUCUACUACUGCAACGCCACCGCCUUCGCCGCUUCGCUCGUCGUCUGCCUCCAACUGCUGGUACUCCCUGAGACGACCGACCGCCAACUGCACCUGCACCUGUUGCGUGCCGUCAUGGUGCUCGACCUGUUCGGCCUCAUGGGGGCCUACGUUGCCGGGAGCAGCCGCGACAGGUUCACCACCAUUUGCGCCUCCGUGCUCGUGUUCUCCGUCUUCGCCUACGUGGCCAUCGCCUUCCUCCUCUACAUUGCCCCGAGGCCAGGCCAAGAAGUGCCCGCCGACCAGCGCGAGAAAGAGCACGAGAUCCUCAUGGUGCUCGCCAUCUUUGCGGCCACCAUAGCCUACGUGGCCGGGCUCAACCCGCCCGGCGGCUUCUGGAACAGCACCCGGGACGGGCACACUGCCGGCGACCCGGUGCUGCUGGACCACCACCGCCGCCGCUACCACGCCUUCUUCUUCUUCAACACCACCGCCUUCGUCGCCUCCCUCUUCGCCAUCUUGCUCAUCGUCCACCAUAAGAAGCUCAACAUCAGCCGGAACUGGACCUUGAGGUUCGGUGGUCUGUAUGUAUGCACCCUCGUGGCCCUCUUGGGCCUCGGGGGUGCAUACGCCGUCGGGGGCUGCAGGGACCCUCGAAACACCGCCGCUGUGUUCGGCCUAGGUGUGCUGGUUCUCGUCUACAUUGUCCUCCAGCGAGGUAUUGUGGCUGUUGCCAAAGCCAUCAAACGUUCCAAGAUUACUCUCGCAUGCAAGGAGCGCCUCUGUUGUAAAGUACUCACAGGAUGUUUCCAGAGUAUAAGCAACUUCUUCACUCGUACCAGACCAUAUGAUGAAAUUUUGGAAAAGGCUCGAGAUUUUAUUCAGCUGCUUGCCGUACUUGCGGCAUCCAUAGCUUACCAAGCAGGACUAGAUCCACCAGGUGGUCUUUGGUCGGACAAUGGGGAUGGCCAUGCUAUCGGAGAGCCGAUACUCUUGACAACACACCCCGCGCGGUACAUGGUGUUCUUCUACUGUAACUCCGCUGCUUUUGUGGCAUCAUUAGCCAUCAUCGUGAUGUUACAAAGUGCAUCUCUAGUUAGGCGUCAUGUGCUAGAGGCAGCCAUGAUACUAGAUCUGUUCAGCCUCAUAGGCGCCUACGCUGCUGGGAGUUGCCGGGACAUAAGCACCUCCAUUUACAUCGUCGCCGUGGCCGGCGCCGUCCUUAUCUACGUGGUGAUCCACAUCAUCUUCACACUAGACCCGGGCAACAUAGAUGAUGUCAAGUUGGAGAAGUACCGUCAGGUGUUGCUGCUCCUUGCAAUCUUGGCCGCGACGCUCACCUACCAAGCUGGCUUGACCCCGCCGGGUGGGUUCUGGGAAAUGGAUGACAAGCAGGCUGGGCACAGCGCGGGCUACCCUGUCUUCCAAGACAAUUAUCCUCGACGUUACAAGGCAUUUUUCUACUGCAAUGCAGCGAGCUUCAUGGCGUCUGUGGCUCUCAUCAUUCUCCUUGUGAACCCAAGCAUGUACAGGCCUGGCAUACGGUGUCAUGCGCUCUAUGUGUGCAUGGUGGCCGGCAUGUUUGGUCUCAUGGGUGCCUACACUGCGGGAAGCUCCCUGCAUCUACGAGCCACCAUCUUUGUGUUUGUAUUGGUCGUUGUGGUGUUUACAGUAGUAGUCUAUCUUGGAGUCACCAAAGGGAAGCCCAGGAACAAUGCACAAGAACAAGAUGGGUCUGCAGCAGCAGGGGCCGGGCAAGAAGAGAAAAAGGAAGCGUCUAUGCCCAUGUACCUCAUGUUGCUAGGCAUAUUGGCUGCGAGCGUGACCUACCUGACGGGCCUGAAACCACCCGGUGGCCUGUGGAAGAAUGACGACAGUGGACACUCCGCUGGCAGCCCCAUCCUCUAUGACAUUGACAAGCGGAGAUACAAUGCUUUCUUCUACAGCAACUCCACUUCCUUCAUGGCGUCCAUCAUCGUCAUCGCCUUCCUGCUCCCAAGGAUGGUGUGUCAGAAAACAGAUUUGGUGUGUCAGAAAACAGACUUUCCCCUCUGGCCAAUGCACACUGCCAUGUUGCUGGACAUGCUCGCCUUGCUCGGAGCCUACGCGGCAGGCAGCGCCCGAGAGUGGGAAACAUCCAGGAAUGUCAUUCUGAUGCUCUUCCCCAUGCUGUUUUUCGUAGUGAUCGUGUUCCUUCUCAAGAAAGAUAAAGAUGAGCCUCAGCAUCUUGAUAUAGAGGAGAUAUAGAGGACGAAUAGCUCAUUAUGGUGUGAUGAGUGUGACGGACGGUGGUAGGCAAAUCACCCAUCACCAGUUUUUAAAUCAAUCAGGAUUGCCUAGUUCAAAUAAGUUUAAGAGUGGUCUAGUGAAGAGUGUCUCGUAUGGCAAUCUUGUAACUAGGAGUUAUGAGUCCAUGUUUCAAAGAAAAGUCACCACUCCACACGGAAAGCUGUGGCUCAGUCAUUUGUUUGCUUUCAGUUUUUUUUUCCGAAUUAUGAAUCCUGUGUGUGUUCAUAUAUGGAGGUUGUUUGCUCUCAUAUGUAAAUGAUAUUGAUGGGAUGUACAAGUACAAAUCCUCUGCAAAAAGAGUCAUCCCCUAUUUUAGCAUUGCCAACAAUUCAAGGAGAA